GGCAGACCGUAGCUGUGGAUUUGUGGUCGCCACUAGAAGAUGUGUAGUUUGAGGUGCGCUAUGCGUGCUGUAACUUCCCUUCACGUACCCGAUUGAACAGUCACCGAGGCCAUGUUAUGCAUUCGCAGAGGGGACUGUCUCUCCAAUCAUGAGUCUCUCGACAAGAACGAUAUCCACUUCUUGACCGAACACAUUUCAUUCGCCUUCCCUCGAUUGGAAUGGAGAAAAUGGCCGAAAAAAAUAUAGUGUUCACUCUUCUGCGUGUGAGCUGGCGAAGUCCCGAUUUAAACGCCAGGCCUUUUCUUUACGCAGCGGCUGGCUCGUUGGCUGCCUCGUUAAAAAGGGACAAGGGUGACUACAUUUAUUGAAAUGAACGAACUUGAAAGGAAAGAGUCAGUUCUCCAUUAUUUCAGCCACUGGCAGACAUUCUCAUUCGGCACCACAAGUUUCACUGCCGGCGGGUGCUGGCGGGUUUGCGACGGCGGUUGAGCUUGUUCCCAUGUCAACAGUCUUGGCUAGUUGGCUCCAGGCGAGGAUUGUCUGCUUCCAGAGUUGUUUACAAAUGAACGCGUUCACAGGUCCCGGUAUUGCGCUUUUUGUUCAGUUUUGCACUAAUAUGGGCCCGUGAACGAAGUAUUAGCUAAUCUGAUUUCACUCACCCACUAGCUUUCAUAGCUGCGAAUGUGGUACUGGGGGGACAGGCAUGCGACGGCCUGCUGGUUUGUUCGCGACGGGAAGGCAAACUGUCUUUUUUUUGCCUGCAUACUUGUGUAUACUGCGUGUGUUUGAGUAGCAAUUUUGUGUGGCAAUCCCUCUGGUAUCUUAUUCAGGUGUAAGUUAAACACACCACAGUGUAGCGCCGGAGGCCAAGCGGGGGAGUGUCGAGACGGUCUUUGACGGGAGGUGUUGCGUCUCAUUUCACCUCUCCGUGGUACUUCUGGUUUUGGUAGAUGCAGCGCAAUCUAAUUUGUGUGCCUUCUACCGACCAGACUGUUGUACAGCUCGUCUUCGUGCAAUGUUGGGAGUUACGGCCACGAGCUUCCGUCAACACGGCUGUGGCACGCAAGUUUCAUCGGCAACAACAGCUGAUGAGACCAGGUCGUAGUGGUUUGACUUUUUUGUCUCCUGGAACUAAACAGGCUAACAAUUCUUAGACGUUGGCAAGCUUUUUGGCAAAGGCGUAUGCCCGAAAGACUUUGAUCGUGCAGGGACGGCGAACCGCUACUGCGCUCGUAGGUUACUUCGUUGGUGGGAACAGCGGCGAGGUGACAAGUGUGAAGGUCAGGAAAACACUAUCAGCUUUGUGCUGAGAGGGGACAAGCAACGUGGAAGAUGGGAUGUCUUCCGGCGGCGACUGCUGCAGCCGAUGACGCUGAAUCGGGUACUUUCUUGCCCUGAAUUGCUCGAAAGCUGUUGUUUGCUACCGGGCGCGUGACGUCGGCGUUUUGCUCGCUUUACUUACAUCAGCUCCAGAGCUCCUCGACGCCUCUGUUUUUUCUUGUUUCUAAAGGUCAGCGUAGCAACCACCUCGUGGCCCCACCGCCGCUGGGAGCCAAUCAUUCACACAACGUCGUAGCUCAACGCUCCGCGAAGCGAAUAAUUUUUUGCCGAAGCCUUGUUGUGUGUCGGGUAGGCGCACUGCCACCCAUGGCGACCCCACUUGCGUCAGGCGGCCAAGUUCAGCUUGCAAGACAGCAAGUUACUCCGGUGCGCCGUACUGCUCCUGCGAAAUUGACAAGAACCCGGGAUGGCACUCCAGACCCGUCGAAGCGUGCUGUCACCACCAAGGGUGAAGAUGUCGGGAGUGAUCCCGUGACGACUGUGCCACAGUCACCUCGGCAAGACAGGAUGCCCCCACUGAUGACCCGAGGCUCUACAUACGUCAACGUGUCUCUGAAUUCUGCCGCUGACGAGUUAACGCUGGUAUCGUUCAACAUUCAGAUGCUUGUGGACUGUUGUUCUCUGUCAGUGAACUGGUGGAGCAGGGAGCGCGAGCUACUUCCAUACCUACGGAAGGUCUCGGAAAGUUACCGUCCCGACGUUAUGAUCUUUCAGGAGUGCUGGGCCGAAGAAGUGUGGCGCCUCCUCAAAACUUUAGAGCAAGACAAAGACUGCCCUUUUCCGUACCAGACGCGUAUUCUCGGUAGCGACAGCGGACCUCCUUGCGCGUGUCCUGACUGUGGGGAUUGCUGCUGCACCUGCUGUCAGUGUUGCGUGUGUCUAAGAUGCCCCUGUUUGUGCUGCUGUCCCUGUGGCUGUUGCCUUCCUCCUGCCGCGAAACUCAUGGGCAAGGAACAAGAGAGGAAACGCGAGGGCGUCGCGGAAGCAGCAAACACUGCGGAUAGCUCCAAACCGAACGUGAGUGCUUCAGAGUCUGCCUCUCGUCGACACAGGGAUUCGUGGACGUCAGUGAGCGGGAACUAUCAGGGAGCCCGUCGGAAUGGAGGUGUUGCCAUAAUCUCAAAGUGGCCGAUUCUGGAGAGACAUGCUUAUAUUUACUACCGCGGUGCCCUUCCUGACUGUCUUGAGAACAAGGGUGCAAUUUUGGCGAGGAUUGAGAAGGCGGGCAAGAUCUAUAAUGUUGUAGGAACACACCUGCAAUCGGGGAAUUCCAACAAUAAAAUUCGCGUAGCCCAAUUAAAAGAAUUGGCAGCGUGGCUUCGCUCCGGUAUGGAGGAGUGUGAGCAGACAGAAUUUGCUUCAGAGGAGGCUGAGGAACCCAAGGAUAAUGCAGAAAAACGUGAGGAUAAGACCUCUAAGAGACAAGACAAAAAACAGCGGCGGAAAUCCAAGCGGAAGGACAUGACCACGGGCGGAGCAGGUUGUUGUCGUUGGAAAGGGGGUGGCUUGCCUAAAGGUUUGGUGAAGGCGACUGAGCCUCUUAUCAUUGCGGGAGACUUAAAUCUUCGCUAUAAAGAAGAUCACAAGUACCUCAUGGAGGCAAUUCGACCAGAUAAUCUUAACUGUAGCCUCUGCCUCGCUGAUCCUGAGGACUCGCCGAGUUCGUAUGAUACGGAACUGAACGACACUUGCUAUUACAAUAACGGCAAGCCAAAGCUCCCCAUCAAGCAACUAAUCGACUACUUCUUGCUCUCAAACGACCAUUUUGGCUCCGUUUCCCGAUACCAGCAAACAAUCACGCUUCCAGCGGAUAAUCCAAUGUUAUUUCGGUUUUUUGCGUGCCUCUGUAUACCGCUGGGCAGCACAAAAGUGCAUCAUGUUUCUGACCACUUGCCUGUGUGCGUAACAAUCCGGCACUCGAAAGAAGCGUGACAAAGACCUCUAGGUUCCACCUGCAUGGUGGCUCGCUUUCGUCCAUUGUGGUUCGUCGCAGGGUUUCCUGUGUUGUAUGGAGCUUCAGUGUAUCCCUGCUAAACGGCGACGGCAAUGGAGGUGCUCGAGGCUAGUGCACAUUGGUACAAAGGAACCUCUUUAAAGAAAGUGGGAGUGUUGUUGUCGGUAACCAGGUUGGAGACGACAGGCGGCUGACAGGUGCUUUUUGGGUUUGCAUGCGUGAGGGUACGUCCACGAUCAUGGGCGUGGGGACAGACGUGAUUGUGCACUGUUCGCUUCAACCAGCAGCUUCGAAGACUUGUUGAGGAAGUCGAUCAAAUAUUCGCUGUUUACACGAGUCACCUGUUAUUCGUCGCUCAUUUCGCAUACAACGACGUGAUAUUUCGCGGGUGCAUGACCCUGUGACAGAUCAUUGAGCAACGUUCUAGCCUUACGUGAACUCGGCUAUCAUGUUGGAUUCCUCUGUUGGGGUCUCUCGUGCAUCCGGAGCUUGAUGAUGCGAUGCUGUCUUUUUAAUUGCCAUGUCUGAGCACCUACCUCCAUGAGGAUAUCCUUUGGGUAGGAUAACUUGUUUCAAGAAAUAAUGAUGUGCGAUUUUGUGGGAUGCAUAGGUGUAAGGAAAGACAUGGGUACACUGACGUUUAUCUGAAGCUAGCUUGUAUGUACUUCAGGUGUUGGGUAAUGCCUCUGUUAUGAGGUUCUGGAUAAACUCGCGUUUUUUUGUGUAGGCGUUCGACUCGAGAAAUUGAAACAAACCGUUUACAAUCGCAUCGAAGGUCAAGAUCAGAUUCUGGUAAUCUGUGAUAUGGUAUGUUCAUUCGCGUCGCGUGUGUACUGGCGGCGAUUUGGGGCAAGGCGUGCAGCUUACGUUCCACAUCUUUUCUCGGACUGUGGAUUAUGGAUAGGAUUCAUUUGAAGACCUGACAAAACGGGGGACAAUGCUGUGGGACGUCAGUGCCUUUCAAAAGCAUAUGGCACCAAUGUCGGUCAGUUGCUCUCUUAACUAAACGAAGCAGCAGUAAUCGUGUGCGAUUGUGGUGCUGAGAGCACGGGUGGCGCUUUGGACAGCUCGAAAGGUAAAACGCAGUUGACAGCGAAAGCGAGAACAAUCUCAAGGUGCACAAAUCGUGCGUAAAUACUUGACAGUUUGUCAAGAAGCGCUGCGCGUGCUGACAGCUUAAAAGGGGAGGAAGUAGAGUUUCUGCUUUUCAUGCGGGAUUAAGGGGCAAUAAAUAAUGUCAUCGAAUGUGUUUUACAGGUUUUCCGUUCGAGUCUGAUCCAUUCUGCGGUGUGUGUCGUAAUGCGACUCAGGUCUUUGCCGAGAAGGAUUCUUGUGGUAACAGCCCCGUGGUUUCGUUCUCCCGUUGUCCAGUCGUGUCUGCUUGGUAUAAAAGAGUUUCCGUGGUGACGUACAAAUGUGUGUCCUGUUUCAUAUGUGUAAUGUGUCUGCGGAGACAGGCGUUCUUCUCGGUAAGCAAUGUGUGCUGAUCGGGAUGAAAAAACGACUGAUUCGUUUUGACAAGUGGACGACGGUGGCGUGGAAGGUGAACGUUUCUGAAAAGUGUGUCGCAACUCAUUCGACCAAGGAGUUUGAUGUCAGAAUGGUUGUCACAGAAGCGAGCUACACCUUACAGAUGCCAUCGUCCACUGCAGCACUGAUGAAUAGCGUGGAGAGUGCGAUAAAAGUUUUCCCCUAGUUACCUCUGGACAGCUUUUAGUGCAGAUGAUGUGGUAGACACAAGCGUUCUUCUCUGACACCGACCGGGGAAACAGUUUCUAACUGAACAGUCACUGGUUUUGCAUUGAAGGCGGAGCCGUUCUUUUUUUUGACUGAUGCUUUCGAGCAGCACACUCGAGGGUACGGUAACGAUGUGGCGUCUGAGACAGGCGAUUUUAUCGGAGCAAGAGGAAAACGAACGUCCCUCCGUGUGUGUGGAAGGGGACAGUACGGUCUGUUAUAGCCUGCGACUGCCGUCUGACUGCGGCGUCUGCAUGACACGCAGGUCGUGCAGGUAGCUGUGGAGACCUGCUUCCUGUAACAUUAGGGAUUCGCGCACAUAAUUUCGAACAUAUUGUGCAGGUUAGUUCCAUUUGCCGUCAUUCCGAAGGCCCCUGUGUCUGGGCGGGGCUCUAGCUUUGGCUGCGCUCUCGCUAACAGCUGCGGCGCGGCUCCAUGUCAUCCGGACUCUGCUGCGCAGGCUUGUCAGAGGUCCCAAUAGAAUGAGUGAAUCGCAUGACAGCGGGCCAAUUGCAGUAACAACUUUAACAAUCAUUUGUGGUGGCAACAGGCCGUUUGGUUUGGACGGCAACCGCCAAGUCAAUUCACUCGGCGACAUCUACCGUCCAACUGUUUCGAGGAAUUACAUGUGGAGGCAGGACUACUAAACUCUCAGUACAGACCAGUUCACGAUGCCCUACGCUUGCUACUAGAUGCUAACAUUCCGAAUCGCGUAACAUCGACCAAACUCAUGUAGGUUUACCCUUUCUACCAAAGUGGAUGGGUGAUUAUUUGGGGAUACAGUAUGACCUAGAUUAUUAGAGGUAGUGCUAUUUCAUAAGCAAUAUACAUCUUAUAUGGUAUAUUAGCUACUAUCUUAUACCUUACUACCGGAUUGAUUAUAUGCUUGUACCAAGCCAACACUGUUAAUGACGACAGCUUCCAAGCAAGUCGCCGAAGUCAUCCGCAGCUUCUGAGACGUCUGGCGAAAAACAUUCUUGAGGGGCAGCUGGUGGCGUUAAUAAGCAAAAGACCCACUGUUUCUGGCGUUUCUUCCCCUCGCACAAGCGCAUAAUAGAAUUGGGAUCUCGUGAAAGAUGUAGGGAAUCCCCGAAGGCCCAGGGUCAAGUCACGACCGUCGUACGUGUCCGUCUCGGUCAACCGCUGACAAGAAAUCUCAAAACAAGCCCAGUAUUCAGACGCAGUUCUGAAGGCAAACAGCUCGCCGCACGCGCCAUGAUCCCCUCCCCAAACAACAGGCUCCCACCUCUGCAGCAAUGGUUAUAAUUGGCAUGCACGCACAAAAUCCCCGCUUUCAUGCUAUCAACCAGAGGCUCUGUCACCCUGAACAUCAUGCGCAAUCAAACACCUGCCGAGUUCCCCAAGCAAUACCCACAGCUUCCAUCCAGUCGAAUUUUUAGGGGAAGACAACUCAGAAAGCUCCAUUGCCGACCGAAGAGACGAAGGAGCUCUAACUUUCAGCGUACCCUCUCUUUUGCAGGAUCCAGCUUCAAUGUAGCGGGCAGUCGCUGUGAGUCGGGUGUCUUGAUGUCCAUAAACUUUCAGUGGCCCCGCCAAAUCCAAGAGUGUAGAAAGUCGUAAAAUGGCCUGUGGUUGGCGUUGUAUUGCCUGCAGUAGAAAGCAUUUCUCAGCGGCCACCGAAACGUUGGGGGAAAGGGUCUCAGUUCUGCAUCGGCGCCAUGUACAAAGGCUGUGGCUCUAGAAAAAGUGUCAAUAGCUUGGCUGUUUCUUGUGGGAAAAGUUCAUGUGCAGUCGAACUUCCUGACUGAAGUGCCACCUGUCCAGGCUCCCUCACUGACGUCGCCUGUUACUGAGUGAGCUCACGUACACUGACGAUUCUUUUUGUCUGGGUUCCGUGAAUGUGCUUAUGAUUUUUCUUUCGGUUCUUAUAGUGAAGCAAACCUGGAGAACAUGGAAGGCUGAGGCUAAAGAGUAAGCAUGCAAUUAUUGAGUGGUCUUAGUGUGCACGUAGCCGAGCACAAUUUCGUAUUUUUACAGAAUAGUAAGGCAUCCUAGUGCACGCUAAACCAGAAAUCCAACUGCCUGUUUAUGUGUAGUGACGAGACACUUAGCAUAUUUUAGUGGCCCUGACAACUGAAUAUUUUGAGAACUUACAGCGCAUAAGCCGGGCGGCAGCAGUCCUGGCAGGAUGACAUCUGGGGGUUACGCCAGCAGAUGAAAAGUGAAUAUACGAGAGUCGCCGAUUAUGAUCAAUCUUCCACUAGCUGGCGUCGGCCGCAAGUAGCCUUCAUUCUGUUUUCAAUAUAUGUCACGUUCUCAGAAACACAGGACAAGUACCCUUGAGAAAACAGCGUUCUCCAAUGUUAAAGCGGUUUAUUUGAUUCUAUUGUUGUAGAACGGCCGGCAACUCGGGAGCCUCUGCAUACGACCACGCCAACAGGAGAUACAUCGAAUCAUGUCAUUCCGGCUGCACAGAGCAGCAGAUCGCGUUUCUUCUUCCGCCAAGGCCCUUAGUGUUUUGAACAAUCUAGUUUUCUACUUCCCGCCUUCUUCUAGCUCUUGCCUUCUCCACUUCCUCUCGGAGAUUUGCCUCCGUCUCAUCAGCUGCGGUUCUGCUAUUAGCUCUUUCUCUAUCGCGCUUCUCAUUGAUUUCGUGUAACGCAAUUACAGCAACCAACAACACCCAAAACACCGGAGACGUCAGUCCCCAGCUCCUCUCAGGAACGAAUGUCUGCCAGAGACUUUCCGCCAUGCGCGCGUUCUCCGCCAGUUCUUCAGCCUUUUUCCUUUUCUGGUCGUUCUCCUGCCCUAGGCCUUCAUUGUUCCUGAGUGUGUCUGAAACCGCAUCUGGUGUUUCUCUAGUCAGUUUAUUUUCGUUGAGUGCACCGUCCGCCUUGGUGACCGACUGGGCCUCUCUUCCAUCCUGAGGAUUCGCAGUGUGGCUGAAAGAGUGCAAGGUUGCACGAGAAACUCCACAGGACAGUCGGCAGCAAUUUGGAAAUGACCUCACUGCAGACACCCCCGUACCGAUACGUCUCUCUUCUACAUUUUCUGGAAGAGACGGGGGUCCGUAUCUAGCAACGAUCCUCGGGACGUAGGAAACGGUUGCGUCAUGAGUUCGCUGCCCUCUCCUAGGCGAUUCGAGUUCCCAUUGCCACGAACAGCGGAAGGUCAAACUCGCUUCAACGUUUCUACUACGGAUGGUGUUUAUGCCAUCCCACGCAAUCACGCGACCUUCGGUUCUGCCACAGCGUAAAUGCCCGCGACAUACGAACCCUCCCGAACGCGUGAUCACGCACUCGGAAUGCAAGGAACAAGUCCGUUUGAGGAACACGCGUGGAAACAAGGGCAGAAGGCAGCCGACUGUGACUUUAUUGAACAUCAUCCGCUCUCCACGUAACAUUUUCUGUGAACGCCUUGCCGUCACAUGGUGUGCCGAACAGGAUGAAACCCGGACUUCCCACGGUGGAGGUCCUGCUCACACUUGCGGUGCUUGGAGACUCCCAAGUUCUCCCUGCAAAGCGUUAAAUUCGGCUGGGCAAGAGAACGAGCAUCUGGCAACAUUGCCCUGCUGCGACGGAGCCGGAGUAGUUUUCCGGUCCCCACGUAGGCGUUCUUGCCUACGAACACUUCCCUGGCGUCCCAGUAGCCCGUCUGGGGAUGCAACGGCAGAGAGACAGCAGAGAGACCGGGUUGCGACGCCACGGUCCCUGCUGUAUUUCGAUGGUCGUUCUCAAAAUGAUUGUGACAAAAGUUGUGACACACCGCAGACAAUGUAGUGCAAUUUACUCGACAGAAGAGAGUAAAACGGACAGGAGCGUAAGUGUUGUGUAUACACAGAGCUGCCGUCUGUCCGCUU